ACUUCGAUUUGCCGUUUAGUUUGUGGAUUUAGAUCGAGAUUUGAGCGAUUUAUAAGUACUUUGGUGACAGUUUGUUUGUUUACAUUUGAAGAGAUUUAAAAAUGGCGAAUGUUGACUUUGGUGGCCAGGACUUUGAUGCUUCUGGGGAUGAUUCCGACGGAGAUAACGAUGCCGUUGCUCCCAGAAAUAACUUUCUCAAUGCAAAUGUACGUGUAGAUCCUUUUGCCGGAUUAGGGGACCUGUUUUUGGACAGUGAUGAUGAAGAAGAUGAGGAUUUUUUUGGUUUCCCUGGCAACGUUGGAGAUGUUCCUGAUUUGAAUUGGAGGAACCGUUUGAAACCUAUUGAUAGAGUUAACUUUGAGGAAACCCCUGGUCCUACCAUUCAAAACCCCCCAGGCAAUGGUUUGGCUAUUGAUUAUUUUCAACUAUUCUUUGAUGAUGCUUUCUUGGACAAGAUUAGAAUCCUUACCAAUCUGAAUGCCAGUCGUAAGAAACACCGUGACCCUGACGCAAACAAGUCUGCAUGGAAAGAGAUUGAAUCCACUGCUGAACUCAAGGCAUUCUUUGGCAUGUUAUUAUUCAUAGAGAAGUACUUAGAUUGUAGGAUUGAGAGUGUGUGGGAUAAUGAAAGGGACAAUUUCAUGAUGUCAUUUCCAGGGCUCUCCCUUAUCAUGGGGCGUCGGCGCUUCACGCAAAUUUUGCGGUACUUGCACUUUUGUGAUGAAGACAAGGCAAGGGACCAGGACCAAACAGCUGAUAAACUAUAUAAACUGAAGCCUCUGCUGUUACAUCUCAAGAAAGCUUUCAUGGAUAACUUUGUUCCAGAAAGAGAGAUGGCUAUAGAUGAAUGCAUGGUGCCAUUCAAGGGCCGAUUGGGUAUGAAACAGUACAUGAAAGACAAGCCCGUAAAGUGGGGUAUCAAGGUGUGGAUGCUAGCUGAGAGCAAGACUGGCUACAAUUAUAACUUUGAGGUUUAUGUGGGGAGGAAUAUGAACAAUGAUGCCUAUCCUAAUGUUGGCCUGGGGGAAACAGUAUGCCUCAGCCUGACAGAGCCCAUCUCUCAGAAGGGCUAUCACAUUUAUAUAGAUAGGUUUUAUACUAGUCCUGCACUGAUGUACCAUACCCUGCAGAGGGAGCUUUACUUCUGUGGUACAGUUCAACCAAACAGAAGGCAGUUUCCAGAUGUUCUCAAGAAGACCAAGCCUCAAGCAACUAGAAUGGCUCGAGGUGAUCUCCUAGUGGAGAGUGGAUGCAGUUACUGGGAUGGUUGUGACAACUUGGAAGGACAAUCGGGUGGUGUAUUACUUGUCGACAAUUCAUGAUCCAGAGCAAGCUGGGUUGACUGUUACCAGGCGUUACAAGCAGGGGGAGGCCUUAGAAAAAGCAGCCAAUCCUAGUGUGGAGGACUAUAAUAAGUACAUGGGGGGUUUUGACCUCAACGACAAAAUGACAAAAAUUGAUAGAUCAAGAAAGACGUACCAUUGGUACAAUCGGAUUUCCAGGAAGAGUCUGAUGUGGGCAGUCUUUAAUGCCUAUAUCAUAGAAGGCUUCUUUGUCAAUCACAGCCCCCCAGGGAAGAGGAAGAGAGAUUUUGAGGAGUUCUUUUUGGAAGUAAUUCAUCAGCCUGUGGGUACAUACAGUGGUCGGACGAGGAAGAGGUCUUUCGGAGCGGGAAAUCCGAUUACCAGAAUGGAUGGACAGGGCCAUGAGCCCGUGAUCCCUGAGGAUGCCACAACAGAUAACUUGUGUGUUGUGUGCUUGGAAAGGCACUCUACACAGCUGUUUCAGCUAAGCCUAAACAUGACAUCGAAAUAAACCAUUCUGCCUACUAGCCUGCUGCCCAACGAUUGGUCCAUGCGAAAAGCCUGUUAACCGCUAUGUAAACAUUGUCGCCAAUACACAUCUCGCACAUUAUCGCAAUACCCAUUCAGCCAAAGGGUUAAUGCAUUGGCAUCGUUCAAACAUCAGCGCGCUUCUGUACACGUGCUCGAAUUAGAUACGACGGUUUUCAUUGGCUCAUAAGUUGUGUUACAUGACCAUUCACCCGGCUUGAAAAUUUCAUGAAAUUUGGACCAAAAUUAACGAAACAGUGGCGAUUUCCAUGCUUUUUAUCGAUUUUUCGACAAGUUACAGAUUUCGGAAUUCUUCAAGACUAGAUAGCCAGCUGGUUGCAUGGUGUGUACUGCAGAUAACUUCUCGACUUAAUCCGGCUUAUGUGAUGCUUUAGUUGAUUCGAGAGGCUACAUGUAUAUAGGCCCAGUACGUCGACAUCAUUGAUCCGGCAGUGAACAAGAUAAAUGGUUCAGCCUCCAAGAUGUGUCACCAGAAAUGCAACCGACAUUAUAGACAGGCGUGAUUACUACUCUGAUUUUGGAUUGAUGGUAAGUUCCGAGGCUAUUUUGAUUGCAAUUAAAUAUUAUUUGAAUCUACAUUGAAAUAAAAGUGGACAUCUGUAGGAUACUUCCUUUCUUUCUCUAGAUUCAACACUGGUCAGUGUCAGAAUUGAAUUAGAA